CCGAGCAGAACCCCCCUGGGUGAAAAACAGCUGUCCUGCUGUCGUUUUCUUAUAAAUUCCGUGCUGUCCUGCCGCCCGCACAUGCGCUUGGAGCUUGUCUUUGCAGCUUGUUCGAAGCUCAGCCCAACGUCUUUUUUUCCCGCCGAAGCCCCAACGGUUUGCUCAAAAUCCGCGAAGCUCUGCUCCCGCCCAGCCCAUGAGAAACAGCCCUCGCUUCAUCCACGAUGGGCAGACCGAGAAGGAAUGUCCGAUUUCAACAUCGGUCCGCCAAUGAAGCCUCCAGGACUCAUUCCGACACCACCGACGCAUCCGAACCCCCCAGUCCCCGCAAGGAUGGGAAUGGUGAAAAGGGGGAGAUGGCUUCACACAUAAAACAGGAACCCGCCGAGGGCCAGCUUUCGGAAUACGAGAAGAAGAAGCAGACGUUUAUAACUCGAACGAUAUGGACGUUCGUGAUGAUCGCUGGGUUCUUCAUUGCCAUGUUCUCGGGCCACAUCUACGUGAUCGCAAUCGUUACGGCUAUCCAGAUCGUAUCCUUCAAGGAGGUUAUCGCUAUCGCCAACGUGCCCAGCAAAGCGAAGAAUCUGCGCUUCACGAAAGCGCUCAAUUGGUACUUUCUUGCGACAACUAUGUAUUUCCUGUACGGAGAGAGCGUGAUCUACUACUUUAAACACAUUCUACUCGUUGACCGAGUGCUUUUACCCCUUGCGACCCAUCAUCGAUUCCUCAGCUUUAUGCUCUAUCUAAUGGGUUUCGUCUUCUUCGUCGGUUCUCUUCAGAAGGGCCACUACAGGUUCCAGUUUACCCAGUUCGCGUGGACUCACAUGGCGCUCUUCCUGAUUGUUGUUCAAGCGCAUUUUAUCAUGAACAAUAUCUUCGAGGGCAUGAUCUGGUUUUUCCUUCCCGUCUCACUCGUGAUUACAAACGACAUCUUCGCCUACGUCUGUGGCAUCACAUUUGGUCGCACGCAGCUGAUCAAAUUAUCUCCAAAGAAGACCGUCGAGGGGUUUGUUGGUGCCUGGAUCUGUACCAUCAUCUUUGGCUAUGCCAUGACAAACAUCCUCAUGAAGUACAAAUACUUCACUUGCCCCGUGAACGAUCUGGGAUCGAAUGUCCUGACAGGCCUGGAAUGCAACAUCAACCCGGUAUUCAAACCGCAGCCAUAUCAAUUACCGGGCUGGUCGCAUGUCGGCCGAACCUUCUACAUCGCUCCCAUGCAGUUCCACAUUCUCAUGUUCGCGACGUUUGCGUCUCUCAUCGCUCCGUUUGGCGGCUUCUUCGCAUCCGGCCUGAAGCGCACGUUUAAGAUCAAGGAUUUUGGCGAAUCGAUCCCCGGACAUGGCGGAAUCACCGAUCGCAUGGACUGUCAGUUCAUCAUGGGCUUCUUCUCGUAUAUGUACUAUCACAGUUUUAUCGCGGUCCACAAGGCGAGCGUUGGCGGUGUCAUUGAGGCUGCCAUUACCGGUUUGACGGUCGACGAGCAGAUUGACGUUAUGAAAGGAUUGGCCAAAUAUUUAUACAACCAGGGCGCGGUAUCUGAAACACUCCUCGAGUGUUUCAAUGGCGACUUCAAGCUCCGUAGAUGACCUUGGGUCUGUCUAGACUCUUCAAACAUUCAACAACUCUGAAGACCUUUUGUCUGAUCACGACUUGCAUUACAUCUGGCGACCCUACAAUCCUCCUCCGUGAAUAUCCUUAACUCUAUCCCUGCUGCUAAAGCAGUUUGCAUGCGUGCAUGCAUGUACUGUUGUAGCGCAUGAUACCUGUCAAUAUUUCAGUUUCAAAAAGAAAGACAAAAGAACCUAAUGUGAAUGUGCCUUUUACUUCCCUAAAGAAAUUUUAAACUUUCUCAACCUUAAUCUUGGCUUUUAUUUUUAUUUUUUACGCCUCUUUCUAUAGGUCAUUCACAUCAGCACUGAGGUAUUAUGGGUAACCGCUUCUUGUGUGUUCUUUUCUUCUGGAACCAUUCUCCCUUUUUCCCUCGACCGUUAUAUACUGCCCUUGAUGGCAUGCAGGGUCGAGGUUUGCAUUUCAAAAACACGCUUUGACAGGAACCAAACACUUUUGAUAUUUGCAUAUUCUCAUAUGGUAAGGUAUACACGUAUGUAAUAAGUUGACAUGAUGGGCUUUUUGCGCUUCUCGCAGAUCAUAGGCAGGCUUGCUUUUAUAACUUUUCGCACUUUCAUUUCUACAUAUUAAUUUUAUUUCCAGUUCAGCGGCGUUCCCUUUUAUUAUUUUACAAAUUUGUUCGGUGAUAGGCUUAUUGAUGAAGACCAAAGCAAAGAAGAUUGAUUUAACUAAGU